AUGCUGGCUCACACCUCCAAGAUCAGGGACGACCUGGAACUUGACGUGCUUGAACUGAAACUUCACUGGUGCGUCCGCGCCCACUCCUACAUUGACGCCUACCGCACUGGGCGCAUCUACGAGAACCCGACGCCGGCGCCAUGGGCGAUAAAUGAUCCGCGCCGCCGAACGUUCAAGCGCAACUGCACCGAUGGUACCGACGCCUGCAAGAAGCGCAAACGGAAUUAUGCCAAGAAUCUGAAGCGCCUGAAGCAGUUGAACGAGACGACGCAUGGCGACUAUGAGGUGGAGGAGAACAAGUUUAUGGACUGGUCGGAUGACGAGCUGAAGCAGGUCGGCGCCGUCAGAAACCAGGGCAGUUGCGGAUCCUGCUGGGCUUUUGCCACCUCGGCCGCAGUAGAGACCCAAAUGAACUACAAAAACAAUCGAACCGGGGCGAUCCGCAGGGCUUAUCCGGAACAGUACCUUGUUGACUGCGCAACAAACAACUACGGUUGUGGAGGAGGAUGGCCAUCCGCCGCUAUGGAAUACAUCCGGGAGUACGGUACUCCCCGGGGUGCCGCUUAUCCUUAUGCUGGAAAGGUGACAAAGUGCAAAGCUGGCUUGACCCUGGAGAAGCCGAUCUCAUCCGUCACUGAUCUCACCGGAAAUGUUGCUGCCGCUAUGAAUUUUAUUACUAACAAUGGGCCGAUCACGGCUUGUUUCUUCGUCUGCAACGGCUUCUACUCGUACAAAAGCGGCAUCUACACGACCGAUUGCACCCCGAGCAGCCCUGGAUUCUUGGGUGGUCAUGCGGUCGCGAUUAUUGGAUACGGCACCAACGCAGCUGGGAUAAAUUACUGGCUGGUGCGCAACUCGUGGGGAGCUGAUUGGGGUCUUGGAGGAUACUUUAUGAUCGAGCGCGGGGCCGACAUUGCCGGUUUUGAAACCUGGGAGCUGAUGGGACCAACCACCGUCUUGUUGCCU